GUCUGUCCCCUCCACCCAACACAGUCCAUCACUUUCUCUCUCCAUCUCUUCUUCUUCUUCCUCCUCCUCCUCUGUCUAACAGUCGAAGUCGAAAAGCCUAUCACCACCACAUUGGCUAUUUUUUGUUUUCCUAUAUUGUGAUUGUCUAUGUCUGCUGUUCCCUCUUCUCACUACCUCCAAAUGGCUGUGCAAGAUUCCUACUUUGAAUUUCUUGAUAUUAUUUGAUACCCUUCUUUCUCCUUCUUCAACUCCCACCCUUCUGCUUGUGCCUUGGUUUAGUGAUUUGGGUGUGUCUCAAAAUCUGAUCUUGUUGUAGUUUUCUCACUCCUGUUCUGUUCUAGCUUUCUGGUUGUUGCUGAAGUUUUUGUUUGAGCAAGACUAGGGAAGAAUACAUGGAAUUUGAUCUGAACCAUGCAGUAGGGGAGAAGAGUGCAAAUUGUAAUGGGGAGUGUGACAAGGGUAGUUGUCCUCAUUGUUUGUCCUCUUCAACUUCUUCAUGUUCUUCAAAUUCAUCAUCAGCUCCUGUGGUUUCUUCAAUCUAUUUGGACCUUUGGCAUGCUUGUGCUGGUCCACUUGUGUCACUGCCCAAGAAAGGAAAUGUGGUUGUCUACUUCCCCCAAGGUCACUUGGAACAAGUUGCCUCAUCAUCCCCUCCUUUCUCAUCCAUGGAGAUGCCUCACUUUGAUCUUCAGCCACAGAUAUUCUGCAAGGUUGUGAAUGUCCAGCUACUUGCUAACAAGGCGAAUGAUGAGGUCUAUACACAUGUGACUCUGCUUCCUCAGACAGAGAUGGCAGGAACGAAUUUGGAAGGCAAAGAGCUUGAAGAUUCAGGAAUGGAUGAGGGGGAUGGGGGAUCACCUACAAAAUCAACCCCUCACAUGUUUUGCAAAACGCUUACAGCUUCCGAUACCAGUACCCAUGGAGGGUUCUCUGUUCCUCGCAGAGCUGCUGAAGACUGUUUCCCUCCUCUGGAUUAUAAGCAGCAAAGGCCCUCUCAAGAGCUUGUUGCAAAGGAUCUACAUGGUGUAGAAUGGAGGUUUCGACAUAUUUAUAGAGGUCAGCCACGGCGGCAUCUGCUCACUACAGGGUGGAGUAUUUUUAUAAGCCAAAAGAAUCUUGUCUCAGGGGAUGCUGUGCUAUUUUUGAGGGGUGAAAAUGGAGAGCUUAGGUUGGGCAUUAGAAGAGCUGUUCGGCCUAGAAAUGGCCUUCCUGAUUCAGUUCUCAGCAACCAGAAUUCUUCUUCUAGUGUUCUUUCCCUAGUGGCUAAUGCAGUGUCCACCAAGAGCAUGUUCCAUGUAUUCUACAGCCCAAGGGCAAGUCAUGCGGAAUUUGUCAUUCCCUACCGAAAAUAUGUCAGAAGCAUUGCAAAUCCAGUGAUCAAGGGGACAAGAUUCAAAAUGAGAUUUGAUAGGGAUGAUUCACCAGAAAGAAGGUGCAGUGGUGUAGUGACUGGCAUCAGUGACUUGGAUCCCUAUCGAUGGCCAAACUCAAAAUGGAGAUGCUUGACGGUGAAAUGGGAUGAAGAUAUAGGAAAUGAUCAUCAUGAACGAGUCUCUCUGUGGGAGAUUGAUCCUUCUGUUUCUCUCCCGCCUUUGAGCAUUCAGUCAUCUCCAAGACUGAAGAAACUGCGGACUAGUGUGCAGGCAUUCCCACCUAACCCCUCUGUUCCCGCUGGAAGUUGUGGGUUUAUGGACUUUGAGGGGACAGAUAAGUCCUCUAAGGUCUUGCAAGGUCAAGAAAAUAUGGGUUUCACAUCACCCCGCUAUGGAUGUGAUACAUUAAAGAGCCCUGUGGAUUUUGAGAUGCAGCCUUUGGCACAUCAAACUCGAGCAUCACAUAUAACCCAGAAGGCUACUAUUGGCGAGUUCAUGAGAGCUCACCACACCAGUCACACAGGAGUUAUGGAAUCUGAUAGAUUUCCGAAAGUCUGGCAAGGUCAAGAAAUAUUCCCAAUGAGAUCUUUGACAGGAAAAGCAAAUUUCAAUCUGGGCGAUUGGGAGUCCAAUCUUGGUAGCACAUCUUUCAACAGUUAUCAGGCGCCCAAACCAAAUUUGUUCACCUUGGGUUCUGAAUCGCUUCUAAACAUGUAUUUUCCUUAUGGUGACAUUCACAAAGUUGGCCAAGAUCCCAUGAUGUGCUCUAAUACUACUAACUUAGCCAGAGAGAAUAUUAAAGUAAAUUCAUAUUCUCUUAAGAUGGGAGCUACAAGAAAUGAACCUGGAAGGCCAACAAAUCCUAGUGAGCAUCGGCCACAGGAAAAUAACUCUACUCUUCAUACUUCAGUGACAAAUGUAAACAGUCCAAAAGAGGCCAGUGCUGAUGGAACUACCAGUGGAUGUAAACUUUUCGGUUUUUCCUUGUCAGGGGAAACUCCUACACCAAGUCAGAGUUCUAGUAAGCGGAGCUGUACAAAGGUUCACAAGCAAGGCAGCUUAGUGGGAAGAGCCAUUGAUCUUGCAAAACUGAAUGGCUAUGGUGACCUGCUGAGUGAACUAGAGCGGCUAUUUAGCAUGGAAGGCCUUCUACAAGAUCCUAAGAAAGGAUGGCGGAUCUUGUAUACUGACAGCGAGAAUGAUGUCAUGGUUGUUGGGGAUGACCCAUGGCAUGAGUUCUGUGACAUGGUUUCCAAAAUUCACAUCUACACCCAGGAAGAAGUGGAGAAGAUGACAAUUGGAAUGGUCAGUGAUGAUACCCAAAGUUGUUUGGAACAAGCUCCACCUAUGCUGGAAGUCUCCAAGUCCUCAUCAGUUGGGCAGCCGGAUUCUUCUCCAACAACAAUUAGGGUCUGACAAAGUUUCUAUGUUAUUAUUUCUGCAUAUACGUAGUGUGCGCCGGAACUUAUGUAGUCGCCGGCUUUUAUGCAUCUUAAGUUGUAAGUUCAGUAAUCGCCAGUUUAAUUGGCCAAUGUCUGUUGAAAACGAGAUGUGUUUGGCCUUCUGUCGAUUGAUCUCUUUCUCAUUGACUUUGAGUUCGCUGUAUGCCUGUAAACUGCUGACCUUUUAGUAAUGAGUUAAAAUUGUUGAUCGA